AAGCUCAGUGGAUAUCGACCCGAUGUAUUCCACACCACGCAGUCAUCAUCCUCUCCCGCCCCUUGAACAGCUUGCCGGCGACGAUGUCCGCCACCUUCUCUUCCAUCGCUGCGCUCUCUUCCGCCGCCUUAUCAUCUCCUCUAUCCGCUCCAAAAUCAAACAUUCAACCAAAACCCCUUAUCGCCAAACCCCAAUUGCCCCACUUCGCCACUGCCCUAAUCCCCCUCGCAGCCGCCGCAUCCAUCUCCCUCUCCCCACUUCCCCUUUCCCUCGCCUCAGACUACCCCUUUCACCUCUACUACGGCACAGCAGCAAGCGCAGCCAACUAUGGAGGCUACGGAGGUAACGCGAGCAAACAGGACACUGCAGAGUACACCUACGAAGUCCCCGACGGAUGGAAAGAACGGCUUGUCUCCAAAGUCGAGAAAGGAACUAAUGGAACCGACAGCGAGUUCUUCAACCCGAAAAAACGCAGCGAGCGCGAGUACCUCACGUUUUUAUCAGACAUCCGUGGGUUAGCUCCCGUCGAUACUGUGCUUGGCAACCUCGCUCUGUCCGACGUCGCUCUUCAAGAUCAGAUCGCUGGGGCGGACAGCGUGCGGUCGGAGGAGCGGCGGGCUGGUAACGGCCAGGUUUAUUAUUCGUAUGAGAUUGAUGGGGCCGGAAAACAUAGUUUGAUUGCGGUAACUUGCAAGGGGAAUAAGCUCUAUGCGCAUUUUGUAAGCGCGCCGGAGGCGGAGUGGAGCAGGGAUGAGAUUAUGCUCAGGCGGCUGCAUGAAUCGUUCAAGACUGUCGAUUCGCGGGCAUCUGCCUCGUCUCCUUCUUCUUAGCUCAUUGAUGCCCUAAAUAAAAGUUGGUUUUUGAAGAAAUAUGUUUGUGUAAUAUGCCUCAGUUAAGAUUUCGGUUAU